GGGAGAGGCAAUACGAGGUCACGCAGCCCCUCUGACUUCCGCCGGGGCGGCCCACGCGGUCCAGCACGGGGCACACCCUUGCUGGGCGCGCUGUCGAGGUCUCGCAUCCCUACUGUCUGCCGCCUUGCACGUCAUGGUUCCCUCCGGGGUCCGGACCGGUAGAUGGGUAGCAGCGGCCAGGGCGGCCCAGAGGCGCCCCCGCGUGGAUAGCCUGGGACAGCCUCCGAGUCCUGAGUCCGCGAGAACGCGCGCGGCGCUUUACGUGCACUGGCCUUAUUGCGAGAAACGCUGCAGCUACUGCAACUUCAAUAAGUACAUCCCCCGCGGCGUGGACGAGGGGGCUGUGCGGAAUUGCCUGGUGACUGAGGCAAGGACGCUGCUGCGGCUCAGCGGGGUGCAGAGGGUGGAGUCUGUGUUCUUUGGUGGGGGAACCCCGAGUCUGGCCAGUCCCCACACUGUAGCUGCUAUCCUGGAGGCCGUGGCACAGGAAGUCUACCUGCCUGCAGAUUCGGAAGUCACGUUGGAGGCCAACCCCACUUCAGCCCCAGGUCCCAGGCUGGCAGCUUUUGGAGCAGCAGGAGUGAACAGGUUGUCCAUUGGUUUACAGUCCCUGGAUGACGCGGAACUGCAGCUGCUGGGCCGGACUCACUCAGCCCGAGAAGCUUUGCAGACCCUGACGGAGGCCAGGCACCUUUUCCCUGGCAGAGUGUCGGUGGAUUUGAUGCUGGGGUUACCGGCACAAAAGGUGCAGCAGGGUACCCUCCCGGCCCCCGACCCGGACUUGGCUGCUGAGAUGUACCAGGAGGGCAGGACAGUCCUUCGUGAUGCUGGCUUUCGCCAGUAUGAGGUCUCCAACUUUGCACGGAAUGGAGCGCUCAGUAAUCACAACUGGACGUACUGGCAGUGCGGUCAGUACCUUGGCAUUGGGCCUGGAGCCCAUGGACAAUUUGUGCCUCAGGGAGCUGGAGGCCAUACCCGGGAAGCACGGAUCCAGACACUGGAGCCUGACAACUGGAUGAAAGAGGUGAUGCUCUUUGGUCAUGGCACCCGGAAGUGCGUCCCCCUGAGCGAGCUGGAGCUGCUGGAGGAGGUUUUGGCUAUGGGGCUGCGCACUGAUGUGGGGGUCACUCACCAGCAUUGGCGGCAGUUUGAGCCCCAGCUGACCCUGUGGGACGUGUUUGGAGCAAGCAGGGAGGUGAAGGAGCUGCUCGAACAGGGUUUGUUGCUGCUGGACCACAGGGGUCUCCGGUGUUCCUGGGAGGGUCUAGCUGUGUUGGACUCCUUGUUAUUGACCCUCCUGCCUCAACUCCAAGAGGCCUGGCAGCACAGGACUCCCUCACCUGAGUCAGGAGGAUGACCAGACAUUCCUGUAUCAAGGGACAACACCAGUGGACUCGGAGGGCUGGACCAGCAUGGUGGCAUCAGCCUGUAGGUGCCGUCUCUGCUUUGAGGUGUUACUGCUUGCUUCUGUCACGCCAUGGGGAUAGAUUCGGUCAGUUGGGUGGAAGGCUAUCUGUUCUGGGUACCGGUAUUCCUCACGGCAUCCCAGGAGUCACGGACUGUGUGUUCCCUGACUAGGAUGUACUUACCACCACCCCCACUGGCUUUUGUCGGCUUUUUUGGACACCAAAUAACAGAAAAUCUUUCUACAGGGGAUUGUACCUAUCCCCCAUUCUAGAGCAAAGCCCUGAGUUAGCUUCUAUGAUUCAGUAGAACUAAAUCCCCUCCAGAUCUCUUAAACAAGAGGAAACAUAGGAACAAGAUGUUUACAGAACCAUUUGAGGGACUGGAGAGAUAGCUCAGUGGUGAGAACACUGUUUGCUCUUCAGCAGAACCAGGGUUCAAUUUCCAGCAGCCAUGUGGCAGCUCACAGCCAUCUGUAACUCCCAUUCCAGAGGAUCUGGUGCCCUCUUUUGACCUCUGUGUGUAACAGACACAUAUGUGGUGCAUGGCUAUUCAUCCAGGCAAACACACAUACAAUAAAAAAUAAAUUAAAGAAAGAUUCUUAUUCAAGGCCAUUUGUUGCACAGAAAUGUAUCCUAUACUCUGGGUAUGCCUCAUGGUUUCCUAAGGGUUGGAUUCAGGCUCAAAGUCUUAAAAUUAUUUUAAUUUUUAUUAUUUAUUUGGUUUUUCAAGACAGGGUUUCUCUGUGUGACCUUGGCUGUCCUGGAACUCACUCUGUAGACUGGGCUGGUCUAGAACUCACAGAGAUCUGCCUGCCUUUGCCUUCCCAGUGCAGGGAUUAAAGGCUUGUACCAACACUACCCAGCUUUUAAUUUUUAAAAGUGUGUGUGUGUGUGUGUGUGUGUGUGUGUGUGUGUGUGUGUGUGUGUUGGGACAUGCAUGCAUGGAGGCCAGAGGAGAGUGUUGGAUCCUCUGGAGAUGGAGUUAGAGGAAUUCGAGCCAUCUUAUCUAAGCACCACACUCUGGUCCUCUGGAAGAGCAGGGAGCACUCUCAACUGCUAAGCUAUUUCUCCAGCUCCUAUUAUUUUAUUUCUGAGACAGUGCCGUUUGUGCCCGAGACUGCACACUCACUCUGUAGCUGAAGAUAAUGCUUAGCCUGUGAUCCCUCUGCUGCCGUCCCCCAAGUUCUCCCCAAGUGCUGAGGUCAGACGCAUGCACCACACCCAUUUUUCUGUGGCUCUGGACUUCAUGUUCUGAGGCAAACAUCACCAACUACAUCUCCAGACCUAUUAGGUUCAGUAAUUUUUUAAAAUUUAGCUGUAUCUAUUUUACUAUAUAAGUUUAAGUAUUUUGUGUGCAUCCUUGGUUGUACACAGCGUGUGUGUGCCUGAUGGAUCGCCUGGAACUGCAGUUGUAGAUGUUUGUGAGCCAUGAUGUAGGUGCUGGGUAUUGAACGUGGGUCCUCUGCCAGAUCAAACAAGCGCUCUUAACUGUUGAGCCAUCUCCAGCCCCAAGGGUUCAAUACUGCACAGCUGCAUUUCUACACAGCUGUAUUUCUGCACAGCUGGAUUUCUGCACAGCUGUGCUUCUGCACAGCUGCAUCUUUUCUUUGAAAUUAAGGAGCUCAUCACCUGUGGCAUGAUAACUCGAGACCCAAUGUCCCAUCACCUGAUAAUCAUUUGACCAGUGAUUUAAGCACUUACUAGUGAUUCUUUGCCAAAUCACUUUUUAAAUUUACAUAUGUAUUUAAAGACUUAUAUAUAAAGUUGCUCUCUCUGCAUGUACACCUGCAUGCUGGAAGAGGGCAUCAGAUCACCCUAUAGAUAGAUGUCAUGAGCCAUCAUGUGGGUGCUGGGAAUUGAACUUUGGACUUCUAGAGGAGUAGACAGUGUUCUUGACCACUAAGCCAUCUAUCUCUCCAGCCUCAAACUUAUGUAUUUUAUGCAUAUGAGUACCUUCUUGUAUGUAUGCCUGCAUGACAAAAGAAGACGAAAUCAGAUUAUAAAUGGUUGUGAGCUGCCGUGAGGUUGCUGGGAAUUGAACUUAGGACCUAUAGAAGAGCAGUCAGUGCUCUUAACUGCUGAUCCAUCUCUCCGGCACAGCCAAAUCAUUUCUUAAAUUGAGGAUUUCAAAGUAUUGGUUUCUGAUUCGAUUAUUUCUUCCAAGUCAAUUACUUUCCAUUUCCCUAAUAAAAAAGAACUUUCCUCUGUUAUUGUUACAAUGCUAAGAAUCGGACCUAUGGCCUUGCUCAAGCCAGACAACCUCCUAUGAUAACAAUCACAAACCUGUAAACCCCUAAUCCUGUAACAGCACAUCCCACCCCAUAGUCCUUAGGCUGUCAGACUCCUGGACAUGGGAGGGCGGCUGUAAUGAAUACAUCUCGACUAGCCGUGCCCCUGCUCUUCAAAGUGACAUAUUUCUUCCCGAUAAUGCAAGACCUUCCUUCUCCUCUCCUGCUCCUGUAGGGGACUCACAGACCUAUAGGAAGGGACCCCCGCUCUACCUUGGGGAACUUGAAAUCUCCUCAGAUCCCCAGUCAUGUUCUCUAUGUGUCUGUGGCACUGAGGGCUGAACGCUCAUCAGAGUCCACACUGAGCUGCUGCACGCUUGUGUGUCUGUAGCAUUGACAUUUCUUUUAAUAAAUCCCUUUCCCCAAAAAGACAAA